UCCCAAAACACCCGAAGAAGAAGACCGAGGAAGCAGCUCUGCCCACCACGACACACAUGUACACAUCGUACACAUCCUAUCAGACAUGAAGGCUUCGAGGAGAAAAGACCCCUCUAACGGGGGGCCGCAGGCCGAAACACCCACCGAACAUGACGCGGAGGAAGAGGCAGAAGACUUCUGCCCCGGAUACAAGGACGUGGACGCGUUCACCAAAUAUGCAUUGGGUUCAGUGUUGUCAGCCACGAAGGCUUCCGCUUCCUUGCCUCAAACCGGAGAUGACUUCGACUACUAUCGCAGCUUCCCGGGGUUCAGAGAGUUCUGUGAGACCCAGGGAGACCGCCUCCUGCACUGCAUGAGCAACAUCAUGCAACACCAUGGCUGCAGAUCGCACAUACGGGACAACAACAAGCUCACAGGUCUGGAAGAUAAGUUUGACCUACUUGUGGACUCCAACGAUGUCAUCCUGGAGAAAGUGGGCAUUCUGCUGGAUGAGGCGGACGGGGUGAACCGCAGCCAGAAACCUGUCAUGCCCGUGGGGUACCAGCCUCCCAAGAUCGUGGUUUCCAGCUGGAACAGAAAGGGGGCGGACUCCCGGGGUUCCGAGACGUUCCGUCUGCUCCAGGCCCGGAACAUCACCCGGCCGCAGAUGAAGUUCAAAGAGAAAGUGGACAACAGCAACAUUCCCUUCGUUCCCAAGAUCUUCAUCAAGCCCAACGCCACCAAACCUCUUCCAUCCUACUUCACCAACAAGCAGAUCCGUAAGGAGCGUCCCGAAGACCUGGACGUCCCCGCGGCGCUGGCCGACUUCAUCCACCAGCAGCGGACCCAGGAGCACGUGGAGGACAUGUUUGCGCACCCAUACCAACAUGAACUUGACCAUCUGACGGUUCCAGAAAGACUGCUCUCAAAGUCGGAACCUCAGAUGUUCAGGCCCAUGGAGGAGACCAAGUGCUCCUUCAUCGACACCCUGGAGGAGCUGGUGGAGCUGAACGAGACGCUGUGCAAAGUGUCAGAGUUCGCCGUGGACUUGGAGCACCACUCCUACAGGAGCUUCCUGGGCCUCACCUGCCUGAUGCAGAUCUCCACCCGGGAGCAGGACUACAUCAUCGACAGCCUGGAGCUCCGCGGGGAGCUGUACCUGCUCAACGAGGUGUUCACCGACCCCGACAUCGUCAAGGUGUUCCACGGCGCGGACUCGGACAUCGAGUGGCUGCAGAAGGACCUGGGGCUGUACGUGGUGAACAUGUUCGACACGCACCAGGCCAGCCGCGCCCUGCAGCACGCACGCCACUCCCUGGACCACCUGCUCCAGCAGCUCUGCCACGUCAAGUCGGACAAGCGCUUCCAGCUGGCCGACUGGAGGAUCCGGCCUCUGCCUGAGGAGAUGUUUGAGUAUGCGCGGACAGACACCCACUACCUGCUCUACAUCUACGACCGCCUGAGGGGGGAGCUGUUGGACUUCAACCACGGCCAGCCGGCCCUGCUGCAGAGCGUCUGGCACAAGAGCAAAGACAUCUCCCUCAAGAAAUACAGCAAGCCCAUCUUCACGGAGGAGUCGUACCAGGACCUCCAGAAGAGGCAGAAGAGGGCCUUCAACACCCAGCAGCUGUCCGCCUUCAGGCUGCUGUUCGCCUGGAGGGACAAGCUGGGCCGCCAGGAGGACGAGAGCACCGGAUACGUGCUGCCCAACCACAUGAUGAUCAAGAUCGCCGAGCAGCUGCCAAAGGAGCCCCAGGGCAUCAUCGCCUGCUGCAACCCCGUGCCGCCCCUGGUGCGGCAGCAGGUGAUCGAGCUCCACCGCCUGGUGCAGCAGGCCCGCGAGAUGCCCCUCCUCAAGGCGGAGAUCGUGGCACAGACAAAGAAAGGCUUCACCCCGAUUAAGAAGGCGGACGGCUCCCUGUUCGGCCCCCACGACACCUCCAGGACGGCCGAGGCCGAUGGCUCGCUGUGCUUGCCCCACGAGUCGUCCUCCAACGAGCUGCCCGAGAAGAAGCAGGGCACGCUGUUCUCAGAACCAGAACCGGAGACGGACAUGGAGACCCAGUACGACAGCAGUCUGGUCGCUCGCGCCACCGUCACCAUUUUCGAGGACCUGGCGCCCGGGAGCGCGGCGCUAAGCGUGGCCAAACUGAAGGCCGGACGCAUCAUCGAGGCGUUCCAGAACCCCUUCAGAAUGUACCUGCCCUCGGUGGAUGUGCACGUCAACAAAGCCGCCAAGCUGGACCCCUCCUCAAAGGUCUACGAGAUCAGCCAGAGGUGGAAGCUGCAGAGCAUGGAGCAGCAGCAGAAGGAGCAGGAGGCCAAGCGGACGGCCCGGGAGAAGACCAAGGAGAAGGCCCGGAAGGCCGCCGGGGAAAGGAAGAAGGCCAAACUGGACUACCAGCAGUCCCUGAAGGACGUGGCCACCGUCCGCCAGCAAGUCGCCGAGGCGGCGGCGAAGAAGGAGGAGGGGGAGGGGAAGAAGAGGAUGGUCAGCGAGGAAGGACAGUCGACCCCCAGACCCCCCAAGAAGUCCAAGGCCGCGCAGAAGGCCCCGGAGGAGAGCGCGUCCCCCCAGCCAGACUUCAAACCCUUCGACUACAACUCGUCCAACCUCAAAGUCUUUGCCGGAGCCAAUGCCAGGGCCGGUUCGCAAUUUGAUCCAAACAAGCCCUACCACGAUCCCACCAAGAAGAAGAAUCCUCGGAAUAACAGACCAAACCUCGCCGGGAACAAAAGCAUGUCCUACAUGGCUGGGAAGUCUGAUAGAGGAGGACGGCAGAACUGGCCCAAGAGAUAGGUUCCUACGUCUGCUGUCACGAUCCAGUUCAAAUGUUCUUCUUCAAAAGGAAAUUCAUUUAGAAUUUCACAAUGUAUGACUUGACUUUUGUUUAGUAGUUCUGCAUUGUAAAUACCCAUGGCUGAUACAAAACUUUGUUUUCUUUUAUUUUAGAGCUCUUGGAAUCUGAUUAAAAAUGAUUUUUAGAGGAAUAA